AUGGCCGAGAUGGUUCUUCUCGUUCCAUCUGGCUCCACCCUUCCCUGUGGGGCUUAUGGUUUGGACAACCUUGGGGAAGGAGAAAACCAGACCAGCUUUAAUAUACUCUGUGGCCAAUCUCCCAACUUUAACCGGAUAGUCGGGGAUGAGGAUAUCAAGGAUGGAGAAUGGCCCUGGCAGAUCAGCCUCUUUUUGGGUGACUCGCACUACUGUGGUGGCAGCCUGCUCACCAAUUCCUGGGUUCUCACUGCUGCCCACUGCAUAUUUCAAAUUGAACCAUCAGGUUUCUCUGUAGUCCUGGGAGCAAGCAACUUGGAUCCCAUCAGCCCCGAUGGCAUCACCCACAAUCUGAAGCAGAUCUUAGUGCACCCAAGCUUCGUGGGUCACAUCGAAUAUGGCAGCAACAUUGCCCUGUUGGAACUUUCAGAACCAGUGUCCUACACAGAGAAGAUUGGGCCCAUCUGCAUCGCCGACACCUCCUUCCAGCCCACUUCUGACACGCCCUGCUGGGUGACUGGGUGGGGAAGGCCAAAGUUAGGAGUGGAUGGACGCUGGAUGCUGACCAGCGUGAUAAGCUGGGGGGUGAACUGCGGCUCCCCAAACCACACUGGAGUUUAUGAUGAUGUGGCCAUUUACUCCUCCUGGAUCCUCGAGAAUGUUCCUCAAGGAAACAGAAACUAG